GGGACUUGCGGUUGUUGCUAAGUUAAAAAAAAAAAAAAAGAUGAGAGGCCUUCCCAAGCUCUUCCCCACAUUGUCUCGGCGCUCGCUGUCUCAUCAGCAACGUUUAGGCACGGCUAUUUUGGUCGACUCGCUCGUCUUCCAAAACCUUACGUCGGCCAUUGGAUUUGUUUCCCACGGCCGUUUAGGUGUUUUACUGACCUAAGACACGUAUCAGCGGGGUCCGAUCUCUUCUAGCUCGCGUGGUGUCUGGUUCACUCGCAACAACCGCCAUGGGACGUUUCGGAAACUUCCUGGAUCGCGUCCAGCAACAUGUCAAAGAGAAGUAUGGACAUCUUGCUUCUCCUGAGCCCGACAAUCAGCCUCCAAGCUGGCCGAACAGUUCGUGGCCCGCCCAGGAGGCAGGCCCUGCUUAUUACCCAGCGAGGCCGGCCGCCUCCGGAACUGGACCAAAGACCGUGUUCGCCCAUUUCAUCGUGGGAUGCGCAGCUGCCAUGACCCCCGAGGAGUGGGAGUCGGAUAUCAUCGAGGCCAAGAAGUGCCAUAUUGAUGGCUUUGCACUCAACAUCGCUCCACAGGACAGCUACACCGACCAUGUCCUUGAGAAUGCCUACAGCGCUGCGGAAAGGAUCGGGAAUUUCACUCUAUUCCUUUCCUUUGACUAUGGCUCAGGAGGCCCGUGGCCCGUGGAGCGUGUCAUUCACUACAUCAACACCUUCCAGCGACGCAGCGCCCAGUAUUUCUACCAAGGAAGGCCGUUGGUUUCCACCUUCAUAGGCGUGUCGAAUGCAGAGGACUGGAUCGACAUCAAACGGGCCACGAACUGCUUCUUCGUUCCAAGCUGGCCCGACUGCGGCCCUGCCGCGAUCGUGGACCACCUCCACGUCGUCGAUGGUGCCUUCAGCUGGGACGCAUGGCCGAUUGGCGCUGAGCAGAAAAGCACGGCCAGCGACGAACACUGGAUGCAGUCCCUGGCUGGUCGACCGUACAUGAUGCCCGUCUCGCCUUGGUUCUAUACGAAUUUGCCUCAGUGGGAUAAAAACUGGCUGUGGCGCGGCGAUGAUCUCUGGCAUUAUCGUUGGGAGCAGGUCAUGAGAUUACAACCCGCUUUCGUCCAGAUUAUCAGCUGGAAUGAUUACGGUGAGGCACACUAUAUCGGACCCAUCCACGAGGCCGGCGUCCCCGAUGGGGCAGGUCGCUAUUGUUUUGGUCACCCGCACGAUGCCUGGAGGGCGCUGCUACCGCAUUACAUAGACGCUUACCGGAACGGCGGGAUGGUUGACCACAGCCGACCCCGAGACCAUCUAUCUUUUGAAGAUAAGAUCGUGUACUGGUACCGAGUGAAUCCCAGUCACGCUGGUAGUGCCAACGGGACGACGGGCAACAACCCGGGCGUGGGCCAGGAGGAGUUGAGACCGGGCGAUGUAUCGCAGGAUCGCGUAUUUGUCAGCGCAAUCGUGGGCAGCCCGAGUGAAAUCCACAUCCAGAUUGGGGAAGGUGAGCCUGCUAUCCUUGAAGCUCCGGGGGUGGGUGUGCACCACUGCUCGAUUCCAUUUGAUGGACAAACAGGGGAGGUGAGAAUUACGAUUGUGCGCGACGAGCAGGUGAUGGCCUCGGUAACUGGACCAGCCAUCACAGAGGACUGCGAGGAUGGCAAUGUGAAUUGGAAUUGUUUUGUGGGAUCGAGCGACUAGAGGGAGUGAAUUGACGACAGGGCAUAUCGUGAGGAUCGGAUUGGGAUAUGGAGAUAUGGAGAUAUGGCUCCAGGCUGUAGAUAAGGUGUGACACAAGUACAAGAGAGAAUGAUGGAUAAGUUGUUGUGACAGGAGAUUGUUUGCAAUGAGCUAUGAUCGCCACUUUAAACAGCAAUUAAUCAGAUACUAU